AUGGCAGCCGCAGAAGACCCUCUCAACACCUACACGCACCUCCCCAUCUACCUCGACCCCUCCACAAAAACCAUCCACCCCCAAUCCCCCACCUCCUCCUCCGAUCCCCUCCUCACAACCAUAACCCGCAUAAACGACCUCCACACCUCCUUCAAAUCCCUCGACACCCCCAACAGCGUCCCCCCACCACCCCUCCCCCUCAACCCAAAACGCACCGCCAACAUCAACAAACUCCGCGAGUCCGCCGCUGCAUCCGCCCGAAAAGGCAACAACACCGAAGCAGCCCGCCUGCUGACCUUCGCGCUCGACAUGGCUGCGGGACGACCAGAUUGGGAGCCCGUGGGCCUCAAGCGGGAAGAGCUGGCGGUGUGCUACCUCGCGCGCGCAGGCGCACAUGCGGAGAUAGGGGAGUGGGUUGAUGCACGGAGGGAUGCGCAGUGUAGUGUGGAGUGCAAGGCGGGACCGACGGUGACGCCGCAGGGGCAGAGGGUGAUGGGGAAUCCCAAGGCUUUCUUGAUUGCGGGGAAAAGUCUGUUGGAGAUGGGGCGGACGGAGGAGGCAGUACAAUGGCUCGAGCGCGCUAUCGAGGUCGAAGGGACGCAGCAGGAAGAUUGUAAGUUUUUGGUCAAGAUGCUGGAGGAGGCGAGGGAGAAGUUGACGCGGGAAGAGGCGGCUUAG